UAAACUAACAUAAGUACCGGUCGUUACACCUCACUCCCUCAACGGAAACAGUUGCUCUGGAGCUGAUAACACUCGAGCUCUCACGAAGCUCCAUCAAUGGAGAUUUUAAACCCCACCACGGCCCCCAAAUCAUGUCUACCCAGAACCCAUUUCCUCAAAGCCCCUCUCCUUCACUGCCCCUUCAAACUCACCACAUUCUCUCCCCACACUUCCCAAAUUCAUAGACGUUCCUUCCGGCAACCACCUCUUUCGUUCUCAGUUACCACCACUUGUGGGCUGAAGACCCCUCAAGACAGCAAGAAGAGCAAGAACAAAAGAAACAACAUAACUAAGCAGAUUAUACUCUCCGAAGGAGGGCCGCCGCCUCUGGUGGAGAAGAGUGGCGACGCCGCCGGAGGCGAGGAAGCUCCGGUGAAGUCAGGGGGUGGGACUGGGGUGAUGGGUUUGGUGAAAAGGUUUCCUAGAAGGGUUCUUUCGGUUCUAUCUUAUCUGCCUUUGGCUAUUGGAGAAAUGUUUGCCAUUGCUGGUCUUAUGGCUCUGGGAACUUUCAUUGAUCAAGGUGAGGCCCCGGAUUUCUAUUUCGAUAAAUACCCUGAAAAUAAUCCGGUGUUGGGAAUUUUCACUUGGAGAUGGGUUCUCACCCUUGGGUUUGACCACAUAUUCACUUCCCCCAUUUUCCUUUCACUAUUGGCUCUCCUUGGUGCAUCGCUAAUGGCCUGCACUUACACUACGCAAAUACCCCUGGUCAAGGUUGCGAGAAGAUGGAACUUUAUGCAAUCUUCUGAGGCCAUCCACAAGCAGGAAUUUUCGGACUCUUUGCCAAGAGCAUCAGUUCAAGAUUUGGGCGUUGUCCUUAUGGGAGCUGGAUAUGAGGUAUUCUUGAAAGGGCCUUCUUUAUAUGCCUUCAAGGGGCUGGCUGGUCGGUUUGCCCCUAUUGGAGUACAUCUAGCAAUGCUGCUAAUAAUGGUAGGUGGAACUCUUAGUGCAAGUGGGAGCUUCAAGGGAACGGUCAUGGUUCCUCAGGGUUUGAAUUUUGUUAUAGGAGAUGUGAUGCGCCCAAUCGGGUUUCUCUCUACUCCAACUGAGUCUUUUAAUACAGAGGUUCAUGUCAACAAAUUCUACAUGAACUACUAUGACAGUGGUGAGGUAUCACAGUUUUACACCGAUCUUUCACUAUUGGACCUUGACGGCAAGGAGGUGCUAAGGAAAACAAUAAGUGUAAAUAACCCUUUAAGGUAUGGAGGGAUCACGAUUUACCAGACAGACUGGAGUAUUUCAGCGCUUCAAGUACUCAAGGAUAACGAAGGACCUUUCAAUUUGGCGAUGGCACCUCUUAAGAUAAAUGGAGACAAGAAGCUUUAUGGGUCCUUCUUACCCAUUGGCAAUGUUAAUGCUCCUAAUGUCAAGGGAAUAUCAAUGCUUGCUCGUGAUCUACAAUCAAUUGUCCUGUAUGAUCAAGAAGGAAAAUUUGCUGGAGUCCGACGACCAAGUUCCAAGCUUCCAAUUGAAAUUGAUGGCAACAAAAUUGUUAUUGUAGAUGCAAUUGGGAGUAGCGGUCUUGACUUGAAGACUGACCCAGGAGUGCCUGUUGUAUAUGCUGGAUUUGGUGCUCUAAUGCUUACUACUUGCAUCAGUUUUCUUUCUCAUUCACAGAUUUGGGCCUUACAAGAUGGAACAGCAGUGAUCGUAGGAGGAAAAACUAACCGAGCAAAGGGAGAAUUUCCCGAGGAGAUGAACCGUUUGCUUGAUCGGGUUCCAGAACUAGUUAACUCAUCUCUUUCCAGGCAAUCAGAUAGCACUGUUGGCUAGUUUCUGAAGCAUCUAAGAUGGAAUAGCUGCUCUCUGACCACUGAAGUCAAAUCCAGAUAUCGCUCCAGUUUAAAAUGAUUGUACAGAACUUCAAACAAAAAGAGAGAAUUCAUUACAAACUUAUGAAUCAUAAUUCUACACAUUGGAGGAGCAGUUGAGCUGCCGUUCUUCAUCCUAAACUUUGUUUUCGAAGCAGAAAUCAACACAUCGGCAGAGCAGUUGACUGUGUUUUUAUAUGUAUACUUACCAGCAUUAUACCAGUGACAGUAUGGUUUCCAGGGCCGGUGCAAAUUCGAAGCUCUUAAGUUGUAAAUAUCUAUUUAUAUUUGUACAGUUGUUUCUCCUACAACUAUCGAAGUUACGAUACACAUUGUAACAGUUAAGCCUCAUUGGAUUCGGAAAGGGUACUAUUCUUUACACUGACUUUGCUUGCA